CGGGGUUUCUUCUCGUUGGAUUUUGUUUGCAAACAAUAUUGCUACAUCAAAAAGUCUAAAUUAUUGUCUUAGUAAUUUAGAUUUUUUUAAUAUGGCAGCUCUUUUUGUUAGCCCUAAUUGGAGAGGGGAGGAGUCUGUUGAAGGGAAUAGGUGGUAUAGUUGGGCGCCAUUUGUAAUUAACCUUACCCGUUUAGUCUGGUCACACAUAUCUCAGUUCAUUCACCUGUGCAUUUAGAUCGUAAAAUGUCGUGUUGGAUACGUGAUUGCCCCACCAAAAGUGGAUUAACGAAGAAGAGCCUUUUUACACCUUACUCGGAUGAAAUAUUCAACAAAUGGAAGGAUAGUGGAAUUGCUAAAAAAGGCAUCAAUAAAUUUACCAAAAAAAAUCGCGUCUGCGAAUUACAUUUUCAAAAAGAUGACGUUAUCCGAGUAGAUACUUUUAAGAUAGAGGGUAGUGAAGAUUUUUUGGUGCCACGUAAGAUACCGAAGUUGAGAAAAGGUGCUAUUCCAUCAAUUUUUCCACCAGUCAGGCAUUAUCAUAUAAACUCCAUUGGCGAGCAGAUAAAUUACUAUCGUAUAAAUGUCAACAAACAGAAUCAGAUAAAACAGCAGACUGGAGAAACGAGCGUUGUAGCUCAGUUAACGAAGCUUUUUGAUUCUAAUAGUUGAUGUCAAGAGCUUUUCGCAACAAUACAAUAAAGUUCAUUUUCAUUACGUAGGGG